CUUUACUAGGAUAGGAUUGGUGUUGCGUUGAGUUUUUGGUUGAAUUUUACGAAAAAAAAAAAAAAAACGGCGAAACUGACCGUAAUUUGGAAGCAGAGAGGUGCGACGAAUGUGGGCGAAGAAUCUGAUGCGGGCAGAGGUGUACAUAGUACGCUCAAGUGUACACAUACACGCAUAAAAUGGAUGGGGCACUAGGGAAUGAGGUUCAGGCACAGCAAAUAGUGCUGGAUCCUCUUCAGUUGAGGCAGAUGGAACUGCAAGAGAUUCAGAAACAGCUGGCAAGCGUUCCGUCUCCUGUCCAUCAUUCACACCCAGCGAUACCGAAAUUGAAUGCCAUGGAAAUACCGCCAGUCGCAGUUGAAACACCACAAGCGCCGUUACCCAGUCUUCUGAAUUUGAAGAUUGCGCCUCCGAUUGAGAUGCAGCUCCCUGGAUCCCCAGAGGAGGUUGGUAAUAAGGACGAGGAGGAGCAUGAUGAUGACAAUGGGAACCUCGGCAACGGAGGAAGAAACGGUGUAUCUGACAUAGUGAGCACGACAAAACUUCCUGUUGCCUUGGAACAAGCGCUUGCGUUGAAAACUGAGAGAGCCAAGGAGCUAGGCAGUGAUCUGAAUGACGACGAUGGUGAUAACAGCGCUCGCGGCCAUGCAAUCUUCCUAACAUCGCAUCCACCCGUUCCAGCUUCUGACUUACGCGAUAACUUACUACCAGAAACGAUUCUCUCGGAGGACUUACUUCCAGAACCAGACGCACCACGGGUUCGGCAGGAUGUGAGGGGGAUCAAGAGCCGGAAGAAGAAAAAGAAACGGAAGAAGAAGAACAGCGAUGAGAAGAUUGAGGAAGUAAACGAGACCAGGACGUCUGAUGUCAGGGUCAGAAACAUUGACGACCCGGAGAUUGAGUACAUCCAAGAGAUUCCGAGUAUCAAUGACUUGGAACCAAUGUAUCGUCAAUUUGCCAGAGUUUUCGAUGCGUUUAAGCUGACAGAACCUGAGGUUCGUGGUGGCGCGGGCAUAGGCCAGAAUGCAACUAGUGAUAAGAUUGAACCCAUUGGGCAGUAUCCACCCUUGACGAACACGUCGACAGCAGGUUCACUUAGCAAAAUCCCGCCUAUUGACGACUUUGACGACGACCCAUCCCAGCAGAAUCAGCAUAAUCAGCAGGGUGGAGGCCAGGGCAUUGGGGAAGGCGGCACACCGCGUCUUUCGAAACGGAAAUUAAAGAGGCUAACGCGCCUGAGUGUGGCUGAACUGAAACAACUUGUCGGGCGUCCAGAUGUUGUAGAGAUGCACGAUGUCACAGCGCGGGAUCCUAAACUUUUGGUACAGCUGAAGGCUCAUCGAAAUACGGUGCCUGUGCCCAGACAUUGGUGCUUCAAGCGCAAGUACCUUCAGGGCAAACGAGGCAUUGAAAAGCCUCCUUUUGAUUUGCCUGAUUUUAUCAAGCGUACCGGUAUUACUGAAAUGCGAGCGAGCCUUCAAGAACGAGAUGACACACGCACCUUGAAGGCGAAAAUGCGAGAACGGGCAAGGCCCAAACUCGGCAAAAUAGAUAUUGACUAUCAAAAACUUCACGACGCAUUUUUCAAGUGGCAGACAAAGCCCCGUAUGACGAUACAUGGCGACCUCUACUACGAAGGUAAGGAAUUCGAAACGAGGCUGAAGGAAAAGAAGCCCGGUGAAUUAUCUGAUGAGCUCCGAACAGCUCUGGGAAUGCCAGUGGGUCCGAAUUGCCAUAAGGUACCGCCACCUUGGUUGAUCGCUAUGCAACGUUAUGGCCCUCCGCCGAGUUAUCCAAACCUCAAGAUUCCUGGACUCAACGCGCCUAUACCCGAGGGCUGCGCUUUCGGCUAUCAUGCCGGCGGAUGGGGUAAGCCACCCGUCGACGAGACAGGCCGCCCGUUGUAUGGAGAUGUAUUCGGUGUUGCAAGGGCGCCAGGGGUCGAUGCGAUGGACGAGGAGGUUGAUCGUGGUAUGUGGGGUGAGCCGGAAUCAGAGUCAUCGGGCGAGGAUGAAGACGAGGACGACGGUGAGGAUGCAAAUGAGGGUGACGGGAUUGAAGGAAAGGAAGGCGAUGCUGGAGAUGCGAGUGGCUUGGUUACACCUGGUGCCGAAGGUUUAGUCACGCCGAGUGGUAUCGCAUCUAUUCCGGCUGGGUUGGAAACUCCUGAAACCAUUGAACUCAGGAAGAAGAAGAUUGAGAGCGAAAUGGAGGGUGGGGACACGCCUGCGCUAUACCAAGUUCUGCAGGAGCGUCGCGCAGAAGGACUUGGGGCAAGCAUGAUGGGAAGUACCCAUGUCUAUGACAUGACUGGGGCAGCCGGAGGUCAGGCACCCCCCUCCGUCAUUGCAGCUGCUCGUAGAUCUGGGGUUGUUGGAACAAGCGGAUCGGGUGCUGGCGGAGGUAGUCUGGGAACAGCGGGCGUUGGCGGUGGUGCAUCCGGCGACGGUAAAGGGGAUAGGGAUGCAGCUGUUGAAUUGGCACUUGAUCCGAGUGAGCUGGACCUUGAUUCGGAGGCUAUGGCUUCACGUUACGAAGAGACGAUGAGAUCGCGCCAGGCUCACCUUCGACGCGAGGACUUGUCCGAUAUGCUUCAAGAUCAUGUACAAAGGCAAAAGAGCAAGAGAAAACGUCAGCAGAAUCAGGAGACCAAAGCAUCCAAGAAGUACAAGGAAUUCAAGUUCUAAUUGAAAUCUGUUUCAGCAACGCAUCCCCUAAUAAUAUUGCAAAAUUGUUCAUGUGUCUGCGUACGUAUUUUAUUUAAGUGGUUCAAUACUUUCACAUUAUAUGCGAGCUCUAUCUGAAUUAUAAAAUGAAUGAGAUCAUCUGUUUCACUUCGUCCACCGUUACGUGUCCUACAUUACAAUUGUCCCCAAUAGUACAUACAUACAUUACUUUAUACAGCUGUGUAAAAUCCACGCGUUUUUUUGCCACGUAGGAUGUAAUAACCAUGGCGUAGGUCGGAGUUUGGGACUGAUGGGGUACGAGCUCGUACGUGAUUUAAGACUAGCUAAGAAUAAACGCAGAUUGUAUUAUAAAUACCCAUCUUUAAUAUCGUCUUAUUAAUACAAUAAUACUUUGGUUGGUUCACUUGUACGUACUGCGUACCCUAUUGUAACAUGACAUAAUGAAUCCUAUACAUGUUGCUUAAUCUGAAAAUGGUGAAUUUUCCACACACUAUACGUCACUAGGGGAUGCGAAAUAUGAUAAAGAAGUAGCAUCAGACAAGGUAAAGUCAUUGCGAUUACGAAUCUGCUAAUCGCACUUCCAAUGUCCAUCCAGCUACCUCGGGGUGUAACCGUGUGCAUGACUUGAAGUGUUAGACAAUCAGCAAGGAGGAUUGUCGUCAUGAAAAGGUUCGAAGGUGCAAGGGUCCUGAUACCACACCCAACAACCAAUAGUGGAAUGCUGGUCUUCAGGACAAUCAGGGUACACAUGGUGAAUGGUGAGAAUACUGUAAGAAAAUGUCGUGUCCAUGUUGGGUCGAACGAACUAAUGCUUGCUAUGUUUCCAGUACCAAAGAACCCCAGUAGCACGUACAGCAU